CUGUGAAUUGUACUAGUGAACGACUUUGUGGAAAAAAGAAAAGGACACACUGUAUCUCUUAUCCCUUCUGUUUGCUGCAAAUCUUCAGCAUGCCCAUGAUCAUGGAGGAAGGCAUCGAUGUGGAUGAUCUAUUCGGGGAUCCCUCUUCCCUCGAGUUGGGCCUUUCAUCAACGACAGCGACGAAAGGUCUGGCUCAGCGCUUGGAUGAGAUGCGCCUCGUGGGAUGCUGCCAAAAAGUCGCCUGGUCCAGGCUGGGCUGUAUUGCAUAUAUCUCGCAAGACGGUCUCAGGGUGAAUGUGCGCCAUUUAUACUGCCGGCCCACAGAUGGUAAAUGGACUCUCAGCGAAGAUACGCCUCUCACGGCUGUUACAGAGGCUCACGGGAGUCACCCACUCGCUCAUCUGUCCUGGAACGAAACGGGCUCCGAACUGGCCGUCGUGGAUUCUUCCGGAAGGGUCUCGAUAUACGCUAUAUCGAUUGCCCUCAACAGCAUUUCCGGUCAACGACAGGCAGUCCUUGACGCCGACGAUGAUGGAGGUCAGAUCGUCGGGAUGAUGUGGCUCAAUUUGCAACGAAUCAUUCAUGCUUUCCACCAGGCGGCAAAGCUAAAUGGCCGCUGGGGAUAUUCGCCUUUCCGCCGCCGGCCCAUCGGCCCCUUCCACCCAGUAAACAAGUCAGCACUGGUCUGCAUCACCCGGUCUGCCCAGAUCCGAUUGCUCUAUCAGAAUCCCGACAGUAGAUGGGCAGAAGUCUCAACGGAACUCAAGCACACUGCUCACUCAGACGGGCUCUUAACACACGCUGCCCUGGCGCCGAUUCAAGGCGGCAUUAUCCUGGCGACCCAUUCUGCAUGUCAAAAGAUCUCGGUUUACCGUGUGAAUAUCACAUGGAAUCCUCCGCAAUGGGACCCCAACCAACCCAAGCAAGCAUCCGCUGCAGCCCCUUUUCCAACACCCACCCUUCGCUUCUUGCACAGCAAGAUCGAAACAUCAAGCGGUGUCUUUGACAAAGGUCGUUCAGGACUCGAUCAUUCCGAUGAUCUUUCUCACUCCGCCAACUCACUGUAUUGUCUCACCCGUCUCGAUAUCGUCCCGGGACCGUCCGAGAGCACGGCGGGAAGCGCCUCUGGGCCGUGGAUUAUCGCGGUGUUCUCAAGUCCUGUGCAUGUCAGCGAGGACCAUCACCAGCAGCAACACCACCAGCAACAGCAGCAGGGUGCUUCAAGUAUCAUUGUCAGAUGGCAGCUGGAGACAGCCGCACAGUCGCUCCAUCCCAAGUUUGAUGAGGUGGUAUCUAAGAAGAGCAAUGCCCAGACCAAGCCUCGGAUAGAUCUAAGACGGCUCGAGGACGUCUAUUCAGAUAGAUAUAUCGUAUCUGUAGACCACACGGAAUAUGGUAACGUGCUUUCUGUGACGUACGACGAUAGUUCUAUCGCAUUCUAUGAUCCCAAGACCAUGACCAACUUCAACGGGGUCGAUGACACCAAUACGGUUACCAGCAUGGCUCAGGCCGGAUUCCAUUUCCCUCUCGAUGCGUCAGGUAUUCACAUCAGCUUUUCCCCCAAUGCAUGCUUGGCUGUUGUCCUGGACGCGGACUGGCAGAUGCGCUUUAGGACGAUGGAGCAUUCGUUUGGAGCGGAAGAGGGGCUAUAUGACGAUAGUAAAUUCUCAGCAGCAGUCGCAGCAUUAGCGCUUGCAUUUUGUCGCGGCUGCGGAAGUGAUACAAAUACAGAUGAUAUAGUCAUGAUGCUUCUGCGCCAGUUGACUCCAGACGCCCAAAGCGUAUUCGUCAGUGAAGUCUACCGGGCUCUACCUAUUAACUGCAACUUCACGGUCGAACACGACAAGCUUAUGCAACACCCAUUCAUUCCGCGGUGCUUAAGCGUACAGGCCGCAUUGGGUUUCAAAGAGUACAGUAAACCGCGCACGCUGCCAGCGGCAGUACCAUGGUCAAUCCUUCAUCUGCGCCAUGCCUCUGUACUCUUCGCAUACUUUUUCCAGUAUAAUAAGGGUGCCAGGGAAGCCGAGCCCCAUGAUCCUGAUGUGCUACGGAUGAUCCUGGGAAAUACUAAAUGGGCUUUGGGUUUUGCCAAUUACAUCCUCGACGAACUCUUUGACCUGCAGGAUGAGUUUCAAAGCGUCUUCUCUGACCAGGAAGCUUUCGCACAGAAAGUGAAAUCAGCCUCGUCCCUGUCCCUGCUUAUUCUCCUCUGCAGCAUGUCUCGUGCAUUCCUGCGGUUCAUAUGCCGCGGACUGCGUGGCGUCUACGCUGGCUUUGCAGCCGCGCAUUCUCUCUCCGGCGAGGCCCGUGUAGUUUAUGCCGAGAUCUGCAAGGUCAUCAGCGCCUCGCCCGUGCGGAUUGAUGUGUAUGAGAAAUUUCUGGCAGGUGUCGAUUCUGCCGUACGACACGCUUACCAAGGCGCUGGGUUUGGGGACGCCGAGCGACCAGCUCCAGAGAAGGAGCUCCUCACCAAUGCUCGAAUUCCUGCGGUGCUCGUUCCGGCGGUUGCGACCCUUCUACGGCAGACCCUUCCCUCAAUAAAGCCUGAGAUCGAUCGCAUGGGGCUCUACCUAGCUGAUUACAGCUGGCUCGGGAUCGGAUAUGACCGCAGAACAGAGCUCUAUCGACGCAGUAGAGAAGUCGACAUCUUGAAAAAGGUCCCCCUGCGGACAUCUCCCACUGACACCGCAGAUCAGAAUGGUGACAGCAACAGAGGGAAGUCUGCAAUCCCCCGACGGCGUUGCACCCGCUGCGGCGAAGUAUCUGGAGACGUCACACCGCCACGCUCGUUUCUGUGGUUUCGCCUGGUCGCUAAACUGGGCAUUCUGCGGUCUUGCCUGUGUGGGGGAAUGUGGACUUUGGAACCGGGGUCCGCGUCGGUGCCAAUGUUGGCACAUCAGCAGCACAACUCAGCUCGCACUCCCGCUGCGACUGCUGCAGUACUUCCCGGUUCUGCGUGAUUUUGCGGUAACUGAGAAAUCGACAUAUUUUGCAAUCUAAUUGACAUCUCUCAUUAACUAUGUGUGAUAUAGCCACUAAUAACUAGCGGGUGAUCUGCU